AUGCUGGUGCAGACGCCCAAGACCGCCGCAGUGGAGUCGCCGGUGACCGUGGGGGAGCCACAGCGGGCCGCCAAGCAGCCAGAGCAGUUCAACUGGUACAAGAACUGGUACCCUGCGGCCCUGCUGGAGAGCCUGCAGCCCGACAAGCCCAACGCGCUGCAGCUCCUGGGCUUGGACCUCGUCGCCUGGCGCACCCCAGAGGGCGACUGGAGCGUGCUCGAGGACGCGUGCCCCCACCGCCUGGCGCCUCUGAGUGAAGGGCGCCUGCACGGCGACGGCACCCUCAUGUGCAGCUACCACGGCUGGACCUUUGACGGCAAGGGCGCCUGCAAGAGCAUCCCCCAGAUGGCAGACCCCAAGGCCCUCGCCACCGCCACCGCCAGCGCCCGCGCCUGCGCCAAGCACUACCCGUCGCAGGCACGCCGGCACCCAUUUGCGUGGCGCCGCGCUCUGUGGACUGCCUCCGGCGGACGGGGACGGGAUGCGCCUCAGGCCCCCGCCAUGCACGCGGAGCUGUUAGGCACCCUAUGGGUCUGGGCCGAGGCCGGCCCCACUGCGUGGAUCGAGUCCGCCGCCACAGCCCCCGCCAGCGUGCCGCCAGACCUGCUGAGUGGCGACUGGGUGCCCCGGGGCACGUGGUUCCAGCGUGACGUGGCGGUGUCGUUUGACACUCUGAUUGAGAACCUUGUGGACCCCUCCCACGUCCAGUUCAGCCACCACGGCGUCAUCGGCGACCGCGGCGCUCCUGCUGAGGCCGCGGCCUCCAUUGUUGGUGACAUCACCUGCAAGGGCGGCUUCACAGCGGCCUACAGCGGCCCCGGGCAGCGCACGGAGACCCUCACGUUCGCGCCGCCCGGAAGCUCCAGAUGGCGCUUCUCCAGUGACAUCCACCUGAUCUUGUUUGCCACCCCCACGCGCAUCGGCUGGACCCGCGUGUUCUCAAACCUCAUCCGCAGCAAGGACGCCCCCAAUGCAAAGGUGCCCAUGGGGCCGAUGCCCGCUUUUUUCCUGGUGUGGAUGGACAUCAUGAACGCGCUGCCGUUCCUGCAGCACGCAAUGCAGGACAACCACAUUCUGGACGGCGACGACUACUUCCUGCACAAGGCGGAGCGCCGGCUGUACAAGCAGGGGUCCCACGAGUCAUGGCGCAAGCAGUACUACAUGCCAGGAGCAGUGCGCAGCGCCCAUUCACGCAUCCCCGCGACCGCACUGCGCCGAAGCGAGCCGCGCCGCGCGCCCGCUUGUGCGCUGCACGGCGCCCCCUGCUUGCUGCACUUGCCUCGGCAUAUCGACGCGGGCGUCAUCGGGUGGCGGCGGUGGCUGGACGAUUACGGCGGCGCCCUGCCUGUGCUGCCGCGCUCGGCGGCCGACCUGGGGCCGGUCCUGCCCAAACGCGAGAUGUUCAACAGGUACGAGCAGCACACCAAGAACUGCCCCCACUGCCUGGCGGCCCUACGCAACAUCAACAUCGCCAUCGGCGUCCUCGCCGCCGCGGCCGCCGUCUCGCUCGGCGCCGUCGUCGCGGCCGCCGUGACGGGCGCGGCGCCGCUGCUGUCGCCGUUCUGCGCCAAGGCGGGGACCGCGGGCGCCCUGGCGGCGGCGGUCGUGGCUGGCCUGCUGAAGUUCAGGCAGCUCUUCAUAUACUAUGAAUACGACCACUCCGAGCACUAA